ACAGAGAUGAAAGAAUAACUAGUAAAGUGAAUUGUUUUAACAUUUAACCCAAUAUAUGUAUUGGACAAGGCCGGCUCUCGGCCCAAACAAAUCAAAUUUGAUAUCAAAGAUCCACAAUAUCAUAUGGAGGAACUAAUAUUUCACACAGAUAAGGUAGAAUAGCUUGUUAAAUGGAUUGUUUCUUCCGAUACAGAUCGGUGGUUUGAUUCUCAGAAUAUCCAGAACCGACUCUAAAACUAGAUAUUAAAUUAUAUAAUAUUUAUACAUGGUAAUAAACUUAAUUAUACUAUAAAUAUAGUAAAGAAAAUUAUUCCCCAUUAGUUACAGUUAAGAAGUUACUAUAUUUAUCGAUCGUGUCAACAAACAUGACAAAUAAAGAAUGUUACACAACAUUAUUACAAAAACAUUCAACUACCUUUUCUUUGAGCACAUAACGGCUUCGUUCUCUAACCGAACAGUGUUUCGUAUAUAACAAGAAAAAAAGAGAUAAACCUAAAAGUAAUUUUAAAAAACGAGAAAAUGGAAAACAAGUUGUCUCUUGGACUCCUAUGUCUAUGCCUUGUGAUACAAUUCACCAGCGGCGAGGAGGACAACCCUCUGAUAAACCAUUAUGCUGAUUACGAAACGAUUCAUCCCAGCGAAUACUACAGUUCCGAUUUCGAACUCAAAGACGGAACCAAUGUGAUCUUCGAAGCCAUCAAUGAAUUGAAAGGGAUCAAGAAACCAAAAGCAGGUUUCAUGUGCAACUAUGGCCAAAAACAAUGGACAAGGUCUCUUCCGGGAGACGUUUUCUACGCCAAGUUCUUCUUUUACCGGGUUAAUCCACACGCAAAGGUCGUUCAACAUUGCCAUUUCCGAUCGAAUUUGGGCUAUGUUGACGCAUAUAUCAAGAUAACCCCAACGCUCGGACGAUCAUGUCCCGGUUAUAGAUGCAUUUUAGCAAUUAGACGUGAAGGCCUCUUGAUGAAAGACACUAACGAACUCUUUCCUUGGACACCUUGGCCUCGCCGCCACAUUCAACCUAAGUUGCCUAAGAUCACCAAUUGAUUCCUCUGAAUAUUGUAUAUUAUGGGAGGGUGUAUACAUAUCUCUUCUUCCUUUUUUUGUGUGAUAUACAAUACAUACAUUGUUUAGUUCAGAAAACAUUAAUCAAAAUUUAACAAUUGCAAAUGAAAUGAUUUUUGCCCUAACAAAAGAAAAAUAUUCCAACAGUAGUAACAAUUAGGGGAACAGAAAAAUCUCUGCCAAUCGCAGUUUCUUUUUAAAAAGCUUAUAAAUUUGAGGUAUGAAUUCAAACUUAACCUAAAAUUUUAACAAAAAAAAUGAAUUAAUACUUAAUUUACUUCAACAACCUUUUUAUUGUCCAAGAUCUUCGUCGGUGAGCCGCUGCUCGUCUAUGUCCCCCUCCUUCGCUGCCUCCUCGUUCAGCUCUAAGUGUCCUUUUAACAAAGUAGAACCACUCCUUUUUGAACUGAUCAGUGUUGACGUGCGGAAGAAGCCACGGCGCGUCUUCAUAAAGCUUGAUGUCUGAUAUGAAAAUGCUUUUGCCUAUAUAUCAAGCUUCAAGAUUCCAAGGGAUCAAGAUCACAUGAAGGAAUAUGCCGAUAAGCUCGAAAAUAUUCUGGAAGCUUGAUAUCAAGCAAAAGCAAUUUCACAAAUCCAAUCUACUUAUCCUGUCCUCAACAUACUUACUGCUUAGGUCUUAGUAACAUCCCGAGAUCGCUUAACAAAGGCAAAUAUAUAAGGGUUUUUUUUUUUUUUUCUUAUAAAGGAAUCGAAUUAUGUUGAGUAUAUACACUAGUUAUUCAUUCUAUGAUUUUGUCUAAUAAUUUAGUUUUGAGUUCUCUUUAUCUCCUCGAAAUGUAUCAUUUGAAACAACAAC